CCUGUGAUGCAAAGCUUAUUUAGUGCUCAUUUCUUAUAAUUAUAAACAAAACAGCAUUAUAUGAUAUAUUUUUGACUGUUAGGCAUGUACCUAUAGGAAAAACUUUCAAAAUCAAACCUAAUGAAUAAAAAGUGUGACAAGCUUUGCAGUUCUGCCCAGUAAAGAGAGAAUAUCUGUUUAAACUGGAGAUACUGAAUAUAAACAUCAAAGAGCUCCUGAUGAGAAGCCAGUGACCUGAUUUCCAUGGAGACUGUACGCAGUAGGUGGGUAUGCUGAAAAGUGCAUUUGGUCAAAUGCAGUUCUUAUAUUUUCCUGAUGAAUUUACAUGCAUCUCAUGUAUAAAAAAAAACAAAAAAAAAAACAUGGGGGCUGGAAGGUUUCAUGAACGAUAGUGAGUCAGUUGGCAGACACUGUCAGAUUCUGAGUCUCAAAAUGAUGGUUUUUGUUACUCUAAAAAUUCCCGGGGUAUAAUUAGCAUUUUCAGCAAAAUAGUGAAUCAUUAUAGAAGUGCUUUUACUGUAAACACUGGCCAAGCUUAAUUCUAUUCCCAUUUACCAGAAACUGAAGAAAGAACUCAAAUAACUGUCAUGCAUUUUAUCUAACAGGUGAAAUGUAAAUGUGAAUGAUUGCUGCCUAAAGAUAAUAAGUUAUUUAUGACUUUACCUCAGUUUUGUAUUUUAAUACAGAAGGAUGUAACAUGAUAUGCAUGUUUUUGAGUCUGCUUGCCAUGUAAUUUGAUCUGAUUGCCAUAUCCUCUUUCAUCCGCAUGCUACCUGUUAUGUUCCUGUUCACGUGUGACGUAUUUCACACUUUCCACCCUCUGCCACAACAACUUGCCUUUCGUAGCUAGAAAGGUGUUAAUGGUGGGAGCCGUGAUGCUGCUUCCUGUCUCCAUUGCACAUCAAAAUUUCCCCUCUGCCCGCCCACUUUGAUUUUGUGCAGAGCUGUGGGCUGUUUCACUUCAGUCUGUCUGAGUCUCUUGGUAGAGUCUGUUCUACUCCUGAAUCAAUGUAGACUAUUGCUUUCUCCAGCCACCCACACCGUUUGACACCUGGACUGAAUGCUUUAGAGCGGUAAUCUAUUGGACUGCAUCUAUUGGUCCUCACAUCACAGCUAAUCUAUGAAGGUGCUGAGUGGUCACAGCGUGUCUAAAUCAUUGACCCAAAGCAGCAUGGACGUAAUCAGCAUGCCAGCCACAGUUGUCUCAGUGAAUACAGGAAUUUCCUUUAGUCAGCAGACUAAACCCAAUCUGACCAGCAUCUCCCACACUGGAAACAUCAACCAAAGGCGCUGGAAGAGCAUCUUGCGACGUGUCCAGAAGCAGAACACGGAACAUCCCAAAAACACACUGUUUGGGCAACCCUUGUCUGAUAUCUGUCAAAAAGAUGGGUGUCCUCCCAAAGCAAUUAUGGAUAUCCUUAUCUUGCUGCUGAGAAAGGGUCUGUACACUGAGGGGGUGUUCAGGAGGGCCGGGAACGCCAGGGCUCUCAGAGAGAUCAAGGCGCAGCUCAACGAUGGGAUAGAAGUGGAUCUGAAAGAGCAGUCGGUCUUUUUGCUUGCUGAUCUUGUCAAGGAUUUUCUUAGACAGCUGCCUGGCGGUUUGCUAAUGGAGGAGAAGUACAAGUCCUGGAUGACUGCAAUGGAGAAGGAAGGGGAAGAUCAGAAGCGUGCUGAAAUUAAAAUGGUGAUCAACACACUUCCCGAGACAAAUAUUCAGCUCUUGAAGCACUUGAUGGUUCUGCUCUACCACAUAAGUGAGAAUGCAGAUACAAACAAGAUGGUUUCCAGCAAUCUGGCUACAUGCGUUUCCCCCAACUUGCUCCAAACAGACAACUUGGAAAAAAUGGAAGAGGUGACGAAACUGACUGAGUUUCUCAUUGACAACUGCCCUCAAAUAUUCGGUGAGGAUGCGCUGGCGCUCUUUGGAGACUCUGAUGAAGAUGAACUCAGUGAUAACCAAGACUCUAUUUCCUCGCAUCAUCUUGACUCUGCGUACGACAGUAAUGACCCUGAUGCAGACGGCUACAAGGGAAGUAGCUCAGACAUGGAUUCUAUCAAAUCCAGCGCUGAAGAGAAAUCGCAGGAACAUUCCAGCACAGAGGAACUUUGGACCAAAAAACUGACUCGCAGACGUUCAGAACCAGUCAUCAACUUAAGAGGGGGAGUUCAGCAGCAGUUUUCCCUCUCCAGGAGCCAGACGGAAAUGGACUUUUAUGACAAACAUUUAACAAAGCAGAUCUCUGAUGACUAUAUUGCGGUUAGAGCAGGCAACAGCUUGGGGAACAGCUUUGGGGCCAGUACAACCUCUAAAGACUGCUCGUUUUGUUCUUCAAGUUCACUUGAGAGUUGUUUCUCCAGUGCUUCAGAGAGCUCUAUUCACAACAGUCCACUUAUUGAGCAUUUAUGCACUCAGAGAAAGGCCCUUCAACGCAAACAUUCCUUCCCUACCCGCCAAUCGGCACCUGCACCGAAUCGCUCGGAAACCCCAAAAAGACGCUCGCAAUCCAUGAAGGGCGCACACAUCAGAAGCAGGACUGUCUUCGGGCGAAGCGGCUCCACCAAACGGGCCAUUGAGAGAACCCUACGCCACAGCCAGACCCUACCUGAGGUACUGAAUCCUCAACAGGAGCCAAGACGCUUGUCUAGCGAGGAGAUUUUCCAGCAGGUGGACAGCAGGAUACCAAGCGAUCCUCCAAGUUAUCAGCAAGCUGUUCAGGACAAUUCCCAUGUUGCUCUCUCGAGCUGUAAAUCGUUGACUGUUCAGGAUGCCAGGUGUCUGUCAAAGCACUCGAGAUCUUCAAGUGAAGAGACAUUGGAUUUGUCUUCUGGGAGUGAACAUUUUGAUAUCCACAACACAGACAGUUCAGAGACAUGUUGUGAUAGUAUGAGUGGAUCCUCCUCAGAGUUGAGACAGAGGACCACAUCUGAAACUGGAUAUGAAGCAUCAAUACAAGUUUGGUGCAAUCCGGAAGACCUCAGAGAGACAUAUGUUUGAUUUGCUGCACAUUUUUUUAUUGUUGCUACUUUUUGGUGGAGGCAAAAUGUCUUUGCAUGUGACCUCAUAAUGAGGCGUGAACAUUUCAGGGCUUCAAGUACAAUUCAGACAUAGAGUUGUGCUGAAUAUGUUGAAUUUAAUUCUUCAUUUUAGUCCUUUUUUUAUAUAUAUAUAUA